CACACUAAUCUGUGAGGGGAGUCACUUUCUGCUCCUGAACCUGUCUGCUUAACCCGACCUAAUUCCUGCGUCUGAACUUUAGUUUCUAUUUGUUCACUAUUUCUUCUGAAAAUUUUGUUUGUUUGUUUGGGAUUCAUUUUUGGAGAAGAAUAAGAAUCCACCAUGCAGUCCUGUGCCAGGUGUGGGUUUGUGGUCUACCCAGCAGAGAAGAUCAACUGCAUCGAUCAGAAUUGGCACAAAGCAUGUUUUCAUUGUGAUGUCUGCAAGAUGGUCCUCACUGCUAACAACUUUGUCAGCCACAAGAAAAGGCCAUACUGCUCUGUGCACAAUCCAAGGAACAACACGUUCACAAGUGUUUACGAGACCCCCAUCAACAUCAAUGCAAAGAAGCAAAGCAAGGCCAGCAGUGAGCUGAAGUAUCGUGAAGAUGGCGAGUGCUUUAUGUCCACCUUCCACUGUGACAUGAGAUCCAUGGAGCUGGAGAAGGCUCGCCUAGCCAGUCAGAUGGCCAGCCAGUCCUUUCAGUCUCAGUCUGAGUUCUCGCAGCAGCAGACCUGGUAUUCAGGGAUGGUGACCAACCAGGAGAUCGUUACAAUGUCUCAGGCGCAGAAGACCAUCAGUGAUGUGAAAUACUCAGAGGAAUAUGAUGAAUCAAAAGGAAAAGGCAGCUUCCCUGCAAUGAUCACACCAGGUUACCAAGCUGCUAAGAAAGCCAAUACUUUGGCCAGUAGUCUGGAGUAUAAAAAAGGACAUGAAGAACGAGUCUCAAAAAACACGUUUGUUGAUCCUCCAGAGGUGCUCCUAGCCAAGAAACAAGGACAAAUUGUUAGCGAUUAUGCCUACACAGAAGCAUAUGAGCACCAGAAAGGGAAAGGUAGCUUCCCAGCUCAUCUCACCCCAGGAUACAAAAUUUCAAAGAAGGCCUCUGAGCAGGCCAGUGAUAUUAAAUAUCGUCAAACAUAUGAGCAGGAGAUAAAGGGUAAAGCAAGUGCUGAGGCAGCAGCUGCUGAGAUGGUUCACGCCAAAGAAAAUGCAGAGAAUUUCAGCCAGAUUGCCUAUACUGAAGAAUACGAGCAGCAAAGAGGUAAAGGAAGUUUCCCUGCAAUGAUCACUCCUGGUUAUCAUCAUGCAAAGAAGGCUCAGGAUUUUGCUAGUGAUCUGAAAUACAGGAAGGACUUAAACAAGAUGAAGGGCACAUCACAUUUCCAUAGUCUAACUUCAGAAGACAGUUUGACAUUAAAGAAUGCCAAAAAAAUCAACAAGAUUGUUAGUGAGGUGGAGUAUAAAAAAGACUUGGAGAACACCAAAGGACACAGCAUCAACUUCUGUGAUACGCCGCAAUUUCGAAAUGCUGCUAAGGUUGCCCAGUUCACUAGUGAUAACAAGUACAAAGAGAAAUACACUACAGAUUUAAAGGGCCACUAUGAAGACUCUGGUAUUGAUAAGAAGACCAUGCAUGCCAUGAAAGCAAGGAAGCUGGCGAGUGAUAUUUCUUAUAAACAAGGCUAUGAACAGGACCAAGGUGAAUACAACUACCCAGCCACUCUCACACCUGGUUACCAAAGCCAAAGGAAGCUGGACCCAUUGAAAGAUAAGAACUACAGGCAACAUAUCGACCAGGUCAAAUACAAGUCAGUGACCGACACACCGGAGAUCGUUUUAGCGAAGAAAAACGCUCAACUUGUCAGCAAUCUGAAUUAUAAAGCAGGCUAUGAAAAGACGAAGCACCAGUACACUCUAUCCCAGGAUCUGCCCCAAAUCCAAAAGGCCAAAGCUAAUGCUGCGUUGUGUAGUGAUAUUAAAUAUAGAGAAGAGUGGGAGAAGACAAAGUCUAAAGCAUGUGAAACUGGUAUGGACGACCUGAGCGUGAGAGCAGCAAAAGCUUCAAGAGACCUCGCCAGUGAUAUUAAAUACAAAGAGACCUACAUGAAAAACAAGGAGAAGGCAGUGGGGGUCAACAUGAGUGACUCCAAGACUCUACACUCUCUUCAAGUGGCCAAGAUGAGCAGUGAUAUUGAAUACAAGAAGGGUUCCAAGGAGAGUCAGGCCCAGUACAGCCUUCCUCUGGAUAUGAUCAACCUCAGUCAUGCCAAGAAGGCUCAAGCCCUUGCUAGUGACUUGGAAUAUCGCACAAAGCUUCAUGAAUACACUGUCAUGCCUGAUGACAUCAAGGUCCAGCAGGCCAAGAAGGCUUAUGCCCUGCAGAGUGAGAACCAGUAUCGUUCAGACCUGAUAUGGAUGAAGGGAGUAGGCUGGGAGACCGAGGGAUGUCUCAACAUUGCUCAGGCCAAGAAAGCUGGAGAGCUGCUCAGUGAUAACAAAUACCGUCAGAAGGCAGACAAAAUCAAGUUCACACAGGUGGCGGACGACCUCUCCAUCAAGCAUGCUAAGAAAAGCCAGGAGCUGCAGAGCGAUUUGGCGUACAAAGCAAACACAGAGCAGAUAAUACACCAGUACACCAUCACAAAGGACGAGCCCCUUUUCAGACAAGCAAAAGCGAACGCUGACCUGCUCAGUGGGAAAGUGUACAAGAGCCAGUGGGAGAAGCAGAGGGAAAAGGGCUUUGAGCUUCGUUUGGACACUCUAUCUAUACUCACGGCUAAAGCCAAGAGAGACUUGGCCAGUGACGUCAAGUAUAAGGAGAAUUAUGAGAAAACCAAAGGUAAAGUGAUCGGUAUCAAGUCAGUCAGCGAUGAUUCUCAAAUGGCUCACUCUGCUCUGGCCACCAAACUCCAGAGUGACCGCUACUACAAAAAGAAGUAUGAAGACACCAAGACUAAAUAUAGUGUCUCUCUGGACAUGCUGAAUAUCAGCCAAGCCAAGAAGGCUCAGGACCUGGCCACUGAGACCAACUACAGGACUUUCCUCCAUAAGUACACCACUCUGCCAACUGAUAUGAAUGUAGCCUGGGCUAAGAAGGCCUACAACCUGCAGAGUGAUAAACAGUACAGAUCGGACCUGAACUGGAUGAAGGGUGUCGGCUGGGAGGCCUCAAAAUCUCUGGAUGUUCAGCAGGCAAAGAAGGCCGGAGAUCUGGUCAGCGAGAAAAAGUACCGGCAGGUUGCGAGCGCUUUGAAGUUCACCAGUGUUGAAGACACUCCGGAAAUGAUGCAGGCCAAACUCAGCAACAAACUGGCUAUUGAUAGGUUGUACAGGAAGAAAGGAGAAAACAUGAAGCACAGCUACACACUCAGUGGCGAACUGCCUGAGUUGGUGCAGGCCAAGAUCAAUGCCAUGAACAUCAGUGAGAGUCGUUACAAGGAAUCUUGGACCAAGAUACGUGACGGUGGUUACAAGCUGCGUCUGGAUGCAAUUCCUUUUCAGUCUGCCAAAGCAUCUGCAGAGAUCCUUAGUGAUCAAAAGUACAAAGAAGAGUUUGAAAAGACUAAAGGGAAGAUGAUUGGACUGAAAGGACUGCAGGAUGACUUAAACAUUGCUCACUCAGUCCAUGCCAGCAAGCUACAAAGUGAUAUUAAAUAUAAGCAGGACUCUGCAAAGCAGCUCUCCAAGUUCCACCUCCCUAUGGACAUGAUGGAGGUUGCCCAUGCUAAGAAAGCCCAGUCGCUGGUCAGUGAUCAGGACUACAGGCUCUCUCUGCAUCACUACACCUCACUGCCUGAUGACCUGAAGCUGCAGGCUGCCAAGAAAGCAUAUGCUCUGCAGAGUGAGAAAGUGUAUCGGUCUGAUCUGAAUUACCUGCGAGGUGCAGCCUGGAUCGCAACUGGAGCUCUGCAGAUCGAAGGGUCCAAGAGAGCUACAGACAUCAUCAGUGAUAAAAAGUACAGACAGCAGCCAUACCACUUCAAGCAUACUUCUGUUGCUGACUCUCCAGAUAUUAUCCAUGCCAAAUUCAGUGGACAGAUCACAAAUGAUCGUUUGUACAAAGAGAAAGGGGUGAAUGAUCGGCACAACUACACUAUUACAACUGAGAGGCCAGAGAUUACACAAGCCAAGAUCAAUGCAGCCAACUUCAGUGAGAUAAGGUACAAAGAGUCCUGGCACACUCUAAGGGCUCAGGGCUACAAGCUCACCAUGCAGGACAUCCCCUUCCAGGCUGCCAAGAGCUCUACAGGCAUUGCCAGUGAUUACAAGUAUAAACACAAUCACCUGCUGGACAAGGGGAAACACAUUGGUGUUAAAAGCAUCACAGACGACCCGUAUCUGCUGCACUGCCUGCAGGCUGGUCGGCUGGCUAGCAACCAGGAGUACCGCAAGGAUGCGCUGUCAAUCAGCGGGCAGUACCACCUCACCCCAGAUAUGAUUCAUCUGGUGGCAGCGAAGAAUGCCCAGGCUCUGGCCAGCGAUCAGGAUUACAGGAAGAGGCUACAUGAGUACACAGUACUGCCUGAUGACAUGAAGGUCAAGUGGGCCAAAAAGGCUUAUGAAUUGCAGAGUGAGAAACUCUACAAGUCAGACCUCGGUUUUAUGAAAGGAGUGGCCUGGGAUGGAGUGGGGGCACCACAGCUGGAGUCUGCAAAGAAGGCUGGAGAACUAAUAAGCGAUAAGAAGUAUCGUCAGCUACCAGACAGUCUCAAGUUUACCUCAGUGGCCGACUCUCCUGAUAUUGUCCAUGCUAAGCAGAGCUAUCAACAGUGCAGUGAGAGGUUGUACAAAUCUGGGAAGAACGAUGACCAGCAUAAAUACACCUUACAUUCAGACGACCCAGACUUUGUCAGAGCGAAGAUUAACGCCCAGCAGAUUAGUGAUAAAGUUUACAAAGCAUCUGGGGAGCAGGUGAAGACAUCAGGCUAUGACCUGAGGCUAGAUGCUAUUCCCUUCCAAACUGCUAAGGCCUCCAGAGAAAUUGCCAGUGAUUUCCGUUACAAGGAGUCCCAUCUGAAGGACAAGGGCCACCAGGUGGGGCUGCGCUGUGUGGAGGAUGACCCUAAGAUGGUGCACUCUCUGGCAGCCAGCAAACUCCAGAGCAACCUAGAGUAUACACGCCAGUCCAAGAAGGACCGUGCCCACUACAAAAUCCAUGCAGACCAGCCAGAGUUCCUGCAGGCCAAAAAGAGCCAAGCUCAGGCCAGUGAUCUUACCUACCGACACAAGCUCCAUGACUACACCUGUGACCCAGAGCAGCUCACCGUUAAGCAUGCCAAACAGGCUUACAAACUGCAGAGUGAUGUGAACUAUAAGUCAGACCUGAACUGGAUCAGAGGAGUGGGCUGGACCCCUCCUGGCUCACACAAGGUUGAGCUGGCCCGCCGGGCUGCAGAACUGGGUCUAACUGAGGGGAGUACAACUGACGAGGCGAUUGCAAAGUAUCAGCACAUGAUGAUGCUGCACCACCAGCAGCAGAUGGAGCAGCAGUACCAGCAGCAACAAACCUCAGAGCAGGUGGAAAACAGCGAGGAGAUUCAACAAGAUGUCAAUAUGGAUGCUAUGGAGGUUCUUCACGUGAAGAGGAAGAAAACCAUCCAGACAGUCCAAAAGAAAUCCUCCACCACCACAACUUCAUUCAGAUCCAUGGAGAAGAAGACCAGCUCUGCAUCUUCCUCCUCAACAUCUGCACUCCAGAACACAAUGAAGAUGACUAUGUCUAGUAAAGCUGCUGCGAUAGAAAAUGCAUAGAGCAGAGAUUGAUAUAUGAUGAUGUUUAAAUAUAGUCAGAAAAUAGCCAAAAAAAAAACAAUGGAAGGCAUUAAGCAUGUUGACCCAGAGCAGGGCUUGUCAAGUUUGUUACAAAGGUUGUUAAGGUAUGUGUUGAAUAAAAGGGAAUUCAAGGUAA